GUCAGUCGGGUAGUUUUGUUCUCAAUGGUGAGUAUGGUGGACGGUAUGUUGUUCUUCUUGGGCUGAGAAGGAACACCAAAAAGCUGAAGAAAUCAUACCUUGCAUUGAGACGACUCUUGGCCAGUCAGUGAGUGUGCGAAACAGGCCAAAGCAAAGACGUGUUUUCAGGGAUUGCCCCCCCCCCUCCCCUAAAACAACAGCUUCACUCUUCCCACGCCCAUUGAUUGACAGGCCCAGAGCCGAUCCGACUCAUUUGAAAUAAAGCUUGAAAUCCAUUGUGACUUGUGAGAUCCCUCGUGCGAAAAAAUUGCGAUAUUAACACCAACGUUCUGGAGAAUCGGACCUUCCACAACUCUACCGAAGCCAGUGGUAAUAAUGCAUCGUGUAAGGAAGGUGCGCGGCGUGACAGAUCGAUCUUGUUCGUCUCAGCAUGGAGAUCGUCCUCAGUGAAGUGGGCUUGGCCUUCAUCUUUGGUCUCGCCGUGUGCAUCGUGUUCUUUUUCGUCAAUUGCUUCCAGUACACACUCGCGCCCAAGACCUACGAUGACGCAUUGAACGAGUUGAAGUCGAACGACAAUCCAGGACAAAAGGGCUCGGGCAAGAAGAGCAAGAGCAAAAAGGUCAAACUCCACGGGAUCACCAACGAUGAUGAUGAUGAUUCCGACGAGGUGGUCGAAGACACCCUUCAGAUGCGGUCUUCUAUGCGUCGCUCCAGCACACCGGGACAACCCCGGUUCAAGCGGACCGAGAGCAUCAAGAACGAGCACGUGGUCUUUGCCGAUGAGAUCGGACCCGCCAACGAUCGACACGCCCCGGGUGUGGGCGAAGAGGUCGUGUACGAGAUCGAGGGCAUCUUGCAUAACAAGGCCGACGAGAUCAAUAUCGACCCCCAUGGGGACGAGAAGGUGAAGAAUGCCUUCGAGCAUAUUCAACCCUUGGACGAUCUGGGAUUGGAGAUCCGUCGGAAGUCGCUACAGAUCACACCGAGCGGGAGCCAAUCCGGAUCUCAUCGUGGCUCCAGGUCGGACUUGAAUCUGAUUGGGCGCGAGUCCGACGACGACCAUCAGAAGAUCCUCCGAUUCGCCGAGGCUGCUGCCGCCUCCGCCCAAGAGGAUACGUUUGAUUGCAAGAAGUUCAGCAAGACCUUGAGGAAGUCCGAGAUGACCAUUGAGGAAAUCAAUACCCUCAUCGAGAUCCUCAUCCGGAAGGAGGAACAAAGCCAAUGGGUCGACUCCUCGGGCAAGAACUCGAUCCUGUUCCAGUUGCGAAAAGAGGCCGAUGACCGCAAAAGAGAGGUCCUCGAGGCCAAUGAGCUCACCAACUCACUUCAAGCCAAACUCAAACAGAUUCGCGGCGAGUUCACCGAAGAGAAAUCCACCCUGCUGAGAGAGAAACGCGACCUCGAGGAGGCCAAAGCCAACCUGCAGCGAGAGCUCGAGGCCUUGAGGCUCCAGAGGAACAUGUCCAGUUCCUCGUCAGUCGAGGGGGCGAGUAGUGAUCGGGCCAGUGCCAAUAAUGAUCGAUGGCUCCAAGAGAUCCAGGAGCUGAAGGCCCAACUCAGAGACGAGAAGGAAGAAAACGGGGCCUUGAACAAAUCCGUUCUGGAGCAACAAAUUGUCUUGAAGACGGCCUUGAAGCAGAUUUGUCCGGCCUUGGGGGUCGAGUACUGUGACGAGCAUCAGAAAUGGUUCGAGAGCUUUGUAGAGAAAAUGAAGAUGAAUAGCGCAAACACAUGAAUGGCAUCGCACUUACGAUCAGAUGAUUGAUAUCAGCAAUACGUGCAUGUACGAGUGUAGGUACUCCCUUCCCCUUUGUAGCUUAUUGACGGAGUGAUUAGUGCUGAUCAGAGACUGAUACGCUUGCUAAUACUUGACGAAGUCAUUCCCCCUUCCUGAUGCUAUUACUAGGCAACUCAUACGGAUACAUAUUUGUAGGCAUAACGAAUGAACACAUAUUUUGAUGUCAUUAAAACACCUGAAUCUCAAGCA